AUGGUUGAUCAACAAACAAAGCUAAAUUUUAUGCCCAGUGAUGGAGUUUCAUCUUCCAUUCCUCUAUUACAUCCUGAAAAGUUUGACAUGGAACUAAUGAGGGAGUCUGCUGCUAAUUGGAUCAUGAUGCUUGAACAUUCAUUUACCAUUUUGGAGGAAAUAGGAUUUAACCUCAUGAUGAAACGAGGAUGGCCCGAGUGGAAAAAAAUUAAUAGAAGCACAAUCAAAUCAGAUUGUUUGAAGGUUUAUGAGAUUGAAAAGAAAAAGUUGAAGAACAACCUUGAAUCCGUUAGUAAAGUAAGUUUGACAACGGAUUGUUGGAAAUCAAAAAAUCAGAAGAUUGAGUACAUGGUUGUCACUGGGCACUGGAUUGAUUCUAGUUGGAAAUUGCAAAAGAGAGUUUUAAGCUUCAUUAACAUUCCACCACUGAGGGGAGGUCUUCAGAUAUCUGAUGCUAUAUUUAGGUGCAUGAAAGAGUGGGGCAUUGAAAAUAAAGUUUUUACAAUUACAGUUGAUAAUGCUACGAGUAAUGAUUUUGCAAUUCGGUACAUGAAGGAUACACUCCAAAGAUCAAGAAGUUUGGUAUGUGGUGGACGUUUAUUUCAUGUUCAUUGUUGUGCACACAUUUUGAACUUGUGUGUUCAAGAUGGAUUAGAAGAGAUUCAGCAUGUCAUUAGUGAUGUUAGGGAUAGUGUGGAAUAUGUGAACCGAUCGGAGGCAAGACAUAUACAAUUUGCAGGCUGUGGGCAACAAUUGCAAUUGAAAGAUAAGAAAUUGAUUCGUGAUUGUAAAACAAGAUGGAACUCGACUUUUGAGAUGCUAAGUUGUGCACUCAAGUUCAAAGAAGCUUUUAAGAUGCUAAAAGAUCGUGAUCCAUUCUUUGACAGUUGUCCAUUAAAAGAUGAUUGGGAUCAAGUCACUAAGGUUUGCUCAAUUUUAGAGUCUUUUUGGACAACUACUCACAUUAUAUCAGAUUGUGAGUACCCUACUUCAAAUUUGUUUCUUCAAGAAGUUCAAAAAAUCAAAUCAGCAUUGGAUAGCCAUGUAGAUGAUGAAGAUUCAUUUAUUAGGGAUUUGGUUGGGAGAAUGAAGAAGAAGUUUGAUAAAUAUUGGGGCGAGUGUAAUUUGUUGAUGGCAAUAGGUGCUGUUUUUGAUCCAACAAAGAAAAUCCGUGCACUUGAAUUUUGUUUUCCUAGACUUUAUUCUAAUGAGGAAGCUAGGGAAAACAUUUCCAAAGUGAAAGAGAUCAUCAAUACUCUUUAUGAAGAGUAUGUUGCUGAAUCAAUGAACAAAGGAAAUUCUGAAACUCUAGGUUCUUCUAGGACUUUUAGAAGCCAAGUCACCCACCCAAGUUCUACAUAUCAUUAG